AUAUUUAUACCAGUUUCUUUUUUACGUCUCUCCCUACUCAAAGAUUAUAACCUCGUGUAUUUAAGACACUAUUAUUUCUAGUUCAUCUAUAUAAACCAUAAUGUCUUCUGAUAGAUUAACACAGCUUCAGGAUUUGGUUAUAUCGAUGGCUGAACAAAUCUGCAACAGCACUGGAAUCCUUCAAAAAUUUGCACAACCUCUUCCAUUCGAUGGUUCCAAAUCCACAGCUUCUAAAAAUUCCAAUGGCGUUUAUGAUGAAAACCUUCCAAAGCUUUAUGCACAACUUCUAAGUCAAACUGCUAAAGAUAUUGAUUAUUUAGUUCAGUCAUUACCAACCGACGAACACGGAAUAGAAUAUCAGCAAAGUCAGCAAUACAGAAUGUUACAGCAGCUAGAAAAAGAUAGUGAUGAGGCAACAAAAAGAUUGGAAAGUGUAGUGCAUCACUGUGAAAAAGCACUGGAAAACGUUCGCUACGCUUUACAUCAAAUCUCUGAAGCCCAACUAAAAGCUCAAGCUAUAGACGCGGAAAUCGAUGAUUAGAUAUAUUUCUGCUGACUUUGUUCAUUUGUUUUUCUUGUUUUUUUUUUUUAAAUCACUUUUUAGUCUUGAAUAUCAGCUGUUGUAAAAAGAAAUCCUUUUUUUUAUGAAUAAAAGUUUUUAAAAAUAAUAUUUCGGUGUUAAACAAUUAUAUUAAUCUCAUUAAGAAGUAAUAGGAUUAGGAAUUAAGCAACUCCGAACUAAUCUCAAUUUUUUUUUACUUUAGCCCAAUAAUUUAGCCCAAAAGAUCUAUUUGUAAAGAAAUUUUAAUAAUAGGAUUUUGAUCGUUUGAGGUUGCACAAGUUGAACCGUAAAAGUUCGCUA